AUGGUCAUGCUGGCCCCAAACAACACGACGUUUUACUCACAACAGGUAUGGUGGUGGAGGGCAGCCGAGGCCUCACUGAUGCAGGGUCAGCUGUGGCACUGCUCCUUCACACUGCUUGCUGCCCAGGACCAUUUUGCUGCUAGCCUCAGCCUGCACCUGGUGUUGUUCAUGGUCACCCACGGUCUUCCUUACCAGGUUAUAUCAGCUGGUGGUUCGAGGGAGACAAGAACCACCUGGCGGAGCACCGGCUGUGAUGUCUACAUCAUUGUUGCCCAGAACCUUCUGGAGUUUGCACACCUGCUAGAUAAAAACGACGAUGAAUGGGACUGGCAAGGUCGAUAUUUCAUGUUUUCCUACUCAUCUUCAGCAGAUCUUGAGCGUCUGGCAGUGAUGUAUAAACUACAAAAAACUUCAGCUAUUCUAUUUUUUAUACCUGGUGGCAGCGAGGGAGAGUUGGCCGUGUACACCCACAAGCUCUACUCCAGGACGAACCUUCGCUUCCUCACUUUCUGGAGAGACGGAGCCUUCCUCAGUAACGUCCACUUCUUUCCAAAAAAGGAAGUGGUUGACUUGAGCGGGCAGAGACUGCGCGUCCUUGCCGUUGAUCACGCCCCCUCUGUCUUCUCACACCUGGACGACAAAGCCCUUCACCUGGACGAACAAGGCCUCCUCUUCAACGUCUCUGGCCUCGACGUCAAAGUGGUGAAUGCGCUGGGCGAGGCUCUCAACUUCACCCCAGUCUUCUACAGCCCGGGACAAGACAUGUGGGGAACACUCCUCCCAAAUGGCACCUUCACUGGAAUGGUCGGCCAGGUACACAAGGACGAAGCAGAGAUGGGCAUUGGUAACGUGUUCUUGACGGAGGUGCGAGCACGAUACGUCACCUUCAGCGUCCCUUUUGACUUCGAGCGUGCUUGCUUCCUCACGCCCGCCCCCCGGCUCCUCCCUGCCUGGAUGGCCGUCUCCUUCCCCUUCACUCUGCACGUCUGGAUGCUCCUCAUGGGAUGUGUGUUGGGACUGACGGUGCUGGUGCCGGUGUUGGGAUGGUGUCUGCCUGCCAGGGACCCCAGGGAGCUCCAGUCAGUAUCCUCUGCCUUCCUCGUCAUCCUCGGCCACUUUUCCAACCAGUCUCCGCGACCCCCAAAACAUAUACCUAUGCAGAUGCUCCUGGGGGCAGUGAUGGUGAGCGGAUUCGUAGUAACUAUCUUCUACUGCAGCAACCUGACGGCCUACAUGAUGGUACGGGUGGUAGAGCAGCCAAUCACCACCAUCAGACAGAUUGUCCAGAGGAAGCUGGCGGUUGGUGGCUACAGCGACUUCUGGGUGGACAUAUUCAAGGGCUCAGCCAAUCAGGACGUCCACUCACUCAUCUGGAACUUCCUUCUCUUUGACAAUGUCACCAACUUCCUCAAGCAGGUGAUCUCUGGACGGGGUGUGCUGCUGGAGAACACACAACACCUGCAGUACCUGAGGGAGACCCACCUAACCAACAGUGUAGACCAGGCCUCUGUCAGGCUUAUGCUGGAGGAGUGCAUUAACCCCUUCAGCGUCGGGGUCAUGCUCAAGAGAAACUCUCCACUCAAAUCCUCCAUUGACAAGGUAAUCCAGGGCCUACGCGAGAGUGGUCUGGUGAAUAGGUACUUCCUGGAGGUGCUGCAGGAGGACCACGACCGCAUCUCCUCCCUCGCUCGAUCCUCACCCGACACUGCACCUCCCGCAGAAGGCGUCCAAGUUCUCACCCUUGAACACCUCCAGGGAGUGUUCUUGGUGCUCGGAGCGGGUCUGUGUGUUGCGGUGGUCGUGGCACUACUGGAACUGGCAACAGGUUCUCUUCUCUUUUCCUGCAGACGUCGUCUUCUAGACUAGCUUGGUAACAUGAACGAAAUAAAUAACAAAUAU